AUGUUAAAGCUUAAAAAAACGUAUAAUUAAUUCCACCAUCUCCAUAAUAACCAAUUUAAUGUAAUGAAGAAAGAAAGACACUAAAAGGUUGUAGGUAGGCAAGAUAGAGAAUUAUAAAGAUUAUAAGAAAAAUAAAAAUACUUGAGGAUAAAAAAAAUAAAAGGAUAAGUUAAAUCCUGAGUUAGAUAAAACUUUAAAGAUAUGGAAAAUAAAGUAUAUUCAAAACCUUUAACUGUAGAUGCUAAAUAGCAUGGAUCAUCAACUUUGUAAAAAUACAAAGAAAUGGCUGAUAAAGCCAGCAUAAAGAAAGAUUUAAAAACGAAUAAAAAAUACAGAAGAAUAAGACCUUUAAAAUGA